CUUGGCGAGAUGGCCAAUCACCGCGCGUUUGCAUCUUAUCCAGUUACUGCGCAGUCGCAAGAAGCAUGACCCACACCGAGCCGUGGCCACGCCGGCGCGCGACGAGCACGGGCGACGCCGCCGCCCCGUCCUUGAUCCAACUUGACGCCGGCGACGAGGCGCUCUCGCUCUGGGCGACGGUGCAUGCCACCGCAGCACAUGGCUACGAGCGCGUCCGCGCCAGUGUCGGCCGCCAACGCGCCGCCAGCGCCAAGAUGUCGGCGAUGCGCGCGCUGCCACAGCACGUUGCCACGUCAGCGCGCUUCUACUAUGCCAACCUUGCAGUGCUUCGGACAGAAGUGCUCUGCGGCGUCGCCGCGACGCUUCUCCAGGUGCCCGAGACGGUCGCGUUCAGCUACGUCGCCAACCUCGAUCCGGUCGUCGGUCUCUACGCCACAGGCUUCUUUGGCAUCCUCGUUGGGCUCUUUGGUGGUGUGCCCGCCACGAUUGCCGGUGCGGCCGGCGCACUCGGCGUCGUCAUGCCCACGAUCACGAGCGGGACCGGCGCGCUCCGCGACCUCUCGUAUGAAGCGCGCGUCGAGCAUCUCUUCGUCGCCGUCUUUCUGGCCGGUCUCAUGCAGCUGCUCUUUGGUAUCUUUUCGCUUUCGCGCUUCUUCUCGAUGAUCCCGCGCACGGCGCACAUUGGGUUUCUCAAUGGCCUCGCGCUCAUGAUGUUGCUAUCUCAAAAAACCACUUUUCAGAAAUGCACCAAGCCAAAUUUGCUCUUUGGCGCGUGCGAACAAGCUCACGGUCUCGCUUGGAUGGACGCCAGCAGUGCGACGACGUGGAUGACGCUCGUGCAUGUACUCGUGACGAUCCUUGUCAUGCACUUCUUCCCCCGGACGCCCGUCGUUGGUCGGCUCGUGCCGCCGACUCUCGUUGUCGCACUGCUCGGUGUCGGCCUCGAGUUUGGCAUCAACCGCCCGCUCCUCGGAUACGACGUCCGCACGAUCGGCGAUACGUCCAAGCUCGCGGGGGCGCUACCGACGUUUGCGAUACCAGGCUUCUCGCGGGUCACGGACUGGUCGCUCGUCAUCUCGGUGGCGGCGAGUCUCGCGGCGGUCGGGCUCUUUGAGUCGCUCAUGACGCUCCAGGCGAUUGUCGACUUGACCAAAGAGCCGCUGUCGAUGGCGGCGUGCCGCGCCGAAUGCAUCGCGCAAGGCCUCGGCAAUCUUGUGUGCGGGCUCUUCCAGGGCAUGGGGGGCUGCUCCAUGAUUGGCCAGUCGACCGGGAAUGUGCUCAACGGCGGGCGGCACCGCGUGUCCGGUGUCGUCUGCGGUCUCGUGACCUUUAUGAUUCUGCUGUUUGCGAGCCCUGUUGUCGAGCGCGUGCCUGUCGCGUGUCUCACGGGCAUCCUCGUCGUCAUCAUUGCGCACACGUUCCAUUGGCCGACGUUCCGACUGCUCGUGUACCUUCCGGUCUCGGACGCCGUUGCCAUUGUGCUUGUGACAGCGCUGGCAGCCGCCAUCAACUUGGCCGUCGCGGUCAUCGCCGGCGUCAUCUGGCAAGCGCUUGUCAACGCAUGGGUCGGCGGCACCUUUCUCGAUGUCGAGACGCACGCCACAUCGACUCGAAAGAUCUAUGCCCUCCGCGGCACACUGCUCUUUUCGUCUGUAUCGCGCUUCCGGGACCUCCUGGAGAUUGCGACCGACCCGGACGACGUGGUCAUUGACGUCGGCGGGUGCCGUUUGGCCGACUUUUCAGCGGUGGCGGCGCUCAAAGAAGCGGCGCAUCGCUACCGUGACGCCGGCAAGCGCUUGGUCCUGCAACAUUUGGAUGCGCACGCGACAAGUCUGGUGCUGGAGCACGACUUUGGCUGGAUGCGCGUUGGUGGCCACUGCGUUUUGGCACCGCCCGCGCAUGUGACCGAACUCAAGAGCCCAACGACCGCCUACCAUGGCCUUCCCGACGAUGACCAUUGUUGACACAUUAAUCGACUUGUUUGAGAAAAAAUGUUUUAAAACGUGCUAGGAUAAAACAUUGCUGGUGUUUGGGUGUAAAUUCCUCCUUUUACGUUGUUCUAUAGCUUAAAAAUCACU